AUGUCAUCGAGACACUCAGCAGCUCGUCCGAAACGUGCGGGCGAAACAUUCGCGCGGACGCACCAUCACGACGAGGACGAAGCCCAUGACUCCAAGAAGCUGAAGUUCGAUGUCCGUAAUCCCUCCGCGCUGGCCCCCGACGCACCAGACGACGACGCGAUCCUCGAUGCAGAUGUCAUCGGCGCAAAUGCCGGCGCGACAAAGCGCGGCGCUGUGAACUUGGACGGUUACGACAGCGAUUCGGACAAUGAGCGCAACUUCAAGGGGCGCGCUGAGGAGCGGCACCGCGGCAAGAAGGGUGGCGAUGCAAACUUUCUCGAUCAACUUGACAAUUACGACGCCAAGAGCAGUGGCCCUAAGGGCGGAGACAUCAAUGAGGACGACGAGGAUGAUGACAUGUUCGCGGCAGACGACGAUGAGGAGCAAGAAGGCAAAGCGGCGCAGGAGGCGAUUAAGGCUUCCGGUAAAAAGGACAAAGCAGUGCGCUUCCUCGAGGACGAUCAGAUUGAAGGCCAAGAACUCAAGAGCAAAAGUGGAGGACAAAUCCGGCUGGAUGAAGACGAAAGCAGUGACGACGAAGCGGACAAGGAUCUGGCGAUUCAAGAAGAAGGCAUCGACGAAGAGGUCGGUCUAGGUGGCCUCAAGCGCAACGCACCAAAAGUCGAAGCUUUCAACAUGAAGGAGGAACAAGAAGAGGGCCGAUUCGAUGAGGACGGCAACUACAUCAGAAAAGCCGUGGAUCCGAACGCGGUACACGAUAAAUGGCUCGAGGGCCUGAGCAAAAAGGACAUGAAGAAGGCUGCUGCGGCGCAUGAGAAGCGCGAAGCUGAGGCGCGGAGGUUACGCAUGGAGAACGACGACCUUUUGACUACGGACCUUCUCAAGGCGCUUAUUUUGAGGUUAGAGAGGGGCGAAACACCGUUGGAGGCUUUGGCGAGGUUGGGCAAGGGACAGCCAAAGCAAAAAAAGAUACCCAAAUGGAAGCUGAAGAAGCAGAACAAGGGAGAAGAGGACGGUAUGGACGUCGACCAGGAAAAGGAGAUUACUCCUGAACAGGCGAAGAGGAAAGAGGCUAUCGAGGCUAUCACUGACGCUGCGGAUAAGCUUCUGAGCCGUGAUCAUGCGGAAAUUUACGACCAGGAGAGAGAAAUGCUCAUCCGCGAGUGGCAACGGGAAACGGGCGAUGAGUGGACAGAGCCCAAAGAAGAAGCCAGUGAUGAUGCGUCGGCGAAAAUGUGGGAGUUUAGGUGGACAGACGGGCGCGACGGUGCCGAUAAGCAGGGCCCGUUCGACGGCCCAACAAUGAAGGCAUGGCAGGAUGCCGGCUAUUUUGGCGAAGGGGUCGAGUUCCGGCCAGUAGGUGAAGAGGGCUGGACUAGAGUCGCCACGUUUGCAUAA